UUUUGAGCUUAUAUGAUCUGUUCUUGCCAUCUCCAUUACAGAGCUAACAAGCCAACAACAGCCCAGAUUUGUUAAGCUUUUGGAGAGAAAACAAUGGGGAGAGCUCCGUGCUGUGAGAAAAUGGGAUUGAAGAAAGGUCCUUGGACACCCGAAGAAGAUCAGAUUCUCAUCACUUACAUUAAUCUCUACGGCCAUGGCAACUGGCGAGCACUCCCCAAACAAGCUGGUUUAUUGAGGUGUGGAAAGAGUUGCAGGCUUCGUUGGAUAAACUAUUUGAGGCCAGACAUUAAACGAGGGAAUUUCACCAGGGAAGAAGAAGAUACCAUUAUCGACUUACACAAAACGCUUGGUAAUAGAUGGUCGGCAAUCGCGGCAAGAUUACCGGGACGAACAGAUAACGAAAUAAAAAAUGUUUGGCACACCCACUUGAAGAAGAGGCUGAAACCGAACCAUGGUUCCAAUGACAACAAACGACAAACCAAACCCAACCUCGAUUCAUCCAAAGAACAACAACCCAUGGAUUUUCUAAGAACGACUGCAGAUACGCCAGGUUCCCCACCAGAAUCGACCAGCGAGGUUUCCACAGUAACCACAAGCGAAAACAACAGUAACAUGUGCACGACCAAGAUUGAAACACACGAAGAUCACGUGUCUGAGAUCGACGAGAACUUCUGGUCGGAAGUAUUGUCGGCCGACAAUUCAGGCAUGGCCGGCGAUUUUCGAGUUUUCGGUUCGGACACGCAACUUCAUCAUCAGUACUUUCCAAGCUCACCAUUACUAAAGUUGGAACCGGUCAAUGACUACGGUACAACUAUAUAUGAAUCGGAUACUAACAUGGAUUUCUGGUAUAAUCUUUUUGCUAGAGUUGGGGAUUUAUCAGAAUUACCAAAAUUUUGAGUUGCUAGUUUAGUUAUUGUAAUUAACUUAUGGA